AUGGAUGACCUACUUGAGAAAUCUGGCCUCCAAAAGUUCACGGCGUCCGAUGCCCAGGUCGCAGUGACCGGGAGACUCGGAAUGUUACAUGGCCAAUCUACAGCAUCACCAACCAAAGGGUCAAACAGCAUCACCAACCAAAGGUCAAACAGCAUCACCAACCAAAGGUUCAAACAGCAUCACCAACCAAAGGGUGAAACAGUCAAACAGCAUCACCAACCAAAGGUCAAACAGCAUCACCAACCAAAGGUUCAAACAGCAUCACCAACCAAAGGGUCAAACAGCAUCACCAACCAAAAGGUCAAACAGCACCAACCAAAGGGUCAAACAGCAUCACCAACCAAAGGGUCAAACAGCACCAACCAAAGGGUCAAACAGCAUCACCAACCAAAGGGUCAAACAAACAGCAUCACCACAAAAGGGUCAAACAGCAUCACCAACCAAAGGUUCAAACAGCAUCACCAACCAAAGGUUCAAACAGCAUCACCAACCAAAGGGUCAAACAGCAUCACCAACCAAAGGGUCAAACAACAUCACCAACCAAAAGGUCAAACAACAUCACCAACCAAAGGGUCAAACAGCAUCACCAACCAAAGGUUCAAACAGCAUCACCAACCAAAGGUUCAAACAGCAUCACCAACCAAAGGUUCAAACAGCAUCACCAACCAAAGGGUCAAACAAACAGCAUCACCAACCAAAGGGUCAAACAGCAUCACCAACCAAAGGGUCAAACAAACAGCAUCACCAACCAAAGGGUCAAACAGCAUCACCAACCAAAGAGUCAAACAGUCAAACAGCACCACCAACCAAAGGGUCAAACAGCAUCACCAACCAAAAUGUCAAACAGCAUCACCAACCAAAGGGUCAAACAGCAUCACCAACCAAAGGGUCAAACAGCAUCACCAACCAAAGGGUCAAACAGCAUCACCAACCAAAGGGUCAAACAAACAGCAUCACCAACCAAAGGGUCAAACAGCAUCACCAACCAAAGGGUCAAACAACAUCACCAACCAAAAGGUCAAACAACAUCACCACAAAAGGGUCAAACAGCAUCACCAACCAAAGGUUCAAACAGCAUCACCAACCAAAGGUUCAAACAGCAUCACCAACCAAAGGUUCAAACAGCAUCACCAACCAAAGGGUCAAACAAACAGCAUCACCAACCAAAGGGUCAAACAGCAUCACCAACCAAAGGUUCAAACAGCAUCACCAACCAAAGGGUCAAACAACAUCACCAACCAAAAGGUCAAACAACAUCACCACAAAAGGGUCAAACAGCAUCACCAACCAAAGGUUCAAACAGCAUCACCAACCAAAGGUUCAAACAGCAUCACCAACCAAAGGUUCAAACAGCAUCACCAACCAAAGGGUCAAACAAACAGCAUCACCAACCAAAGGGUCAAACAGCAUCACCAACCAAAGGUUCAAACAGCAUCACCAACCAAAGGUUCAAACAGCAUCACCAACCAAAGGGUCAAACAAACAGCAUCACCAACCAAAGGGUCAAACAGCAUCACCAACCAAAGGGUCAAACAACAUCACCAACCAAAAGGUCAAACAACAUCACCACAAAAGGGUCAAACAGCAUCACCAACCAAAGGUUCAAACAGCAUCACCAACCAAAGGUUCAAACAGCAUCACCAACCAAAGGUUCAAACAGCAUCACCAACCAAAGGGUCAAACAAACAGCAUCACCAACCAAAGGGUCAAACAGCAUCACCAACCAAAGGGUCAAACAAACAGCAUCACCAACCAAAGGGUCAAACAGCAUCACCAACCAAAGGUUCAAACAGCAUCACCAACCAAAGGGUCAAACAAACAGCAUCACCAACCAAAGGGUCAAACAGCAUCACCAACCAAAGGGUCAACAGCAUCACCAACCAAAGGGUCAAACAGCAUCACCAACCAAAGGGUCAAACAAACAGCAUCACCAACCAAAGGGUCAACAGCAUCACCAACCAAAGGGUCAAACAAACAGCAUCACCAACCAAAGGGUCAACAACAUCACCAACCAAAGGGUCAAACGGCAGCUAA